AUGGACACCUCGGACCGCAGCAGUUAUGACGAUCGGUGGGGAAUGGAAAAUUCUAGAAUCCAGGCUAUGAUAGACGACAGGAUGAAGGCGUCUUUAGAGGAACACAAAACUUCAAUGCUUACAGAUAUGGAGAAAAUGCUAGAAAAGAUAAGUGGAAAUUCUAAUUUUGAGCAAAUGAAUAAGAUUUCAAGCAUAUUGAAAGGCACACAAACUUUUAAACGGAAGUCAAAUGAAGAGCAGUUUAAAUACAACUCCAAGGUUAGCAUCGCUCUAGAUGAGGCAGAUCAUUUGAUACAAUCAAACAAAUUGCAGGAGUCCAGACAAAAGAUCGCUGAAGCAAAAGAAAUGAUAUCUCAUAGACAAAAGCUCAUACGCUUAGCGGACUCGUCAGAACUGGGGUGGAGGGUAGUAAACGAGUAUGAAUCCAACCCAUUAGCCAGCGAUUCCGACGAUGAAAAAAGGAUUUAUAAGGCUGAGACGAGGGCGAACAAAAAGUUAAAGGCGGAGAAAGCUAAGAGAACUCGUGGCAGUAGAUCAUGGCCAUACCGGAAGCCAACUACAGCAUCGGCCGGCAAUGUACAAGUUUCUAAUGCUACACAACAAACGCCUCGUAGACCAGGAUUGUGCUUCGCCUGCGGGAAGCCAGGCCACUGGAAAGGAUCGUCGGAAUGUUCUGCGAACAGUUCCAAUAAUAAGAUAAGUAGUUUUAUUAGCAAUAAUUUUCAAAACGAAAAUUUAUUUCGGAUUAAAGAUCCAGAUAUCUCAUUUUCACAAAGUAAUAAUGUGGUGAAAGAGAGUGACGUCAUUACUGAAAAAAGUAGUACAAAGCAAUCGUCUCCGGUAGGUAGACUGAAGCAAAAUUUGUCCAAAUAG